AUGACCCACGCAAGAAAUAGGAUAACGGCCUGGAAAAAGAAAUGUAUACUGCGCUUUGCCACCUGGAACAUAAAAUCAUUUAACAACAAAGAUCAAGAAACCCUAAAAGAACUUAAAGAUAAUAAAAUCGAUAUAUGUGCCCUACAGGAGACGAAAAAGAAAGGUAAAGGUCAAUUACAAUACGAUGACUAUCUAGUGAUCUACAGCGGAGUUGAAAAACAAACAAGGGCAAAAGAAGGAGUAGCAAUCGCAGUAGCAAGAAAGUACCAAUCAAACAUACGGCACUGCAGUUAUGUAUCCUCGCGAAUCUUGGUCGUAAGAAUGGAAACAGGAGAUCAAAAACUAAAUAUAGUGUCAGUUUACUCACCUGAAGACAAUAAACCAAAACAAGAAAGGGAGUCAUUCUACGAUCAACUCCAAAAUACAAUUCAAUCAUUGCCAAGCGAUCAACAUAUAUUAAUUCUUGGAGAUUUCAAUGCCCGCAUCGGAAAUCAAAUAAUCCCUGGAAUCAAGCAGAGGUUUAAUGAAAAUGUACUGAACGACAAUGGAGAACUUAUGAUCGACUUAUGCACAUUCAAUGAACUACGUAUUAACAACACAUUCUACGACCAUAAAGAGCAACACAAAUUCACAUUUAGCAAUACUAGAGGCCACAGAUCUACAAUUGACUAUAUUGUUACAAACAGAUAUAUACAUCCACUUCAAAUAUUAGAUAUCAGGACGUUGAACUCAGCCGAUGUAGGAAGCGAUCACAGUCUGUUACUUGCAAAAAUCAAAUUAAAAUUUAAACCUCAUAAGAAACUAGGACAAGCAACUCAAGAAGUUAAGAUAAACAUCGAAUCGCUAUGGGGCUUGUCGAUUAAACAACUAUAUGAGAAAAGACUGACAGAGAAGAUCCAGGUAAACCCAAUAAAAGCAGAGGAUAGCAUAAAUACCUCCUGGGAGAAACUAAAGAACAACAUCAAAGAAGCCGCAUAUGAAGCUUUAGGCACCCGGUCUAUAAAAAGAAAUAAUAGCACCAAAAUAAAUAAAACUCCGUGGUUCCGUCCAGAAAUUAAAGAAAAAUGUAGAGAGAAAAAAAUAGCAUACCUCAACUACAGAACAGCAAAUCGAUCUAGGCGAUGCUCGGGACAGAACUAA